CACACUCACACUCACACUCACACUCACACUCACACAUAAAAAAUAUGGACAUGGAGACUUAUUUUGGUUAUAUUAAAACACCACAAGACGCUUUAAUCAUUUUCGAAGCCUGUAGAAGAAAUCAACUCGCUCGUGUACAACGUAGAUUAUCCGCCAAAGAAAGAAUUCAAAUUCGAUCAGGCUCUAUUUUUGCUUGGGAUGAAAGAGAGGCAGGCAUGCGUCGUUGGACUGAUGGCCGUACCUGGUCACCAAGCCGUGUUCUCGGCAGCUUUUUGACUUACCGUGAACUAGACACUAAACGUAGACCCCGUCGUCCCUCUGCAGUUUCCAUCAGCAGCAACACCAUGGAUAGCAAUAACUUAUGUCUCAGUAGCAAGGUCUCUUGCUCUUAUAAACCCAACGGCCUCAUUAAACAGAGCUUCUCCAUCUGUACAGCCACCAAUCAAAAAUUACACCUCAUUUCUUAUUACUCUAAAUCAGACGUCUUAGCCGGCCGCUUACAACAACCCAGUAUGGAUCACAGAUUACGACAGAUCAAUGUCCCUAAAGGUUUAUAUCCCGAAUUAAAUCCUCUCGAUACAAGUGGCGGUCAUUCAGCUACAUUGCACAGCCUACGACAACAACAACAUGAAUUAUUACAAUACCAUCAUCAGCCACCGACCGCUCAAUUGGCGUCUCGUAGCAUGUCGAUCUCCUCAAUGACCACCACCAACACCACCACCAUGAGUCUCUCCAUGGACCACUUGCCACCCGCCUCCCCGCCUUCUUUGUCUUCCUCACCCAGCACUUGUGAUGAUGAUAUUAUGAUGAUGACAGAUUCGCUUUUGCCUACGCCUACUCACCCUCAUCCUCAUCCUCAUCCUCUUCACCAUCCGACCUCUUCAUCACCCUUCUUUUCUUCCACUUCGACGUCUACUACGACUACGGCGGCUACGACUCCCACUGAGACCAACACUUUCUUACCCUCCUGUAGUACUGCAUCACCCACCCAUAGCAGUCAUUUAUUGCCCAUUCAAGACAUUGCCUGGGAGAAACUACCAUCCUCAGAAGACUCGAGGCAACUCAGAGCAUUACAAAACUUGUUGAAACUAUAGUGAUCCUCUUUCUCUCCUUAAAAAAGGAAAAAAAGAAAAACUUUUUUUUUUUU